AUGUUCAACGAAGGACCUGGACAACCCAAACUCCUAAGAUCGAAAAAUCAAAAGACAGGCAGGCGCACCGAAGUUCCUCCUCUGAACCGUGGUUCUCCCAGUUUUGAAAAUCGCCAAUUUUCUCUAUGGAAGCCGCUAUUUAAACCAGACGAAGUUGCUGACGAGCAGGAGCUUCCAGCAUGGUUCUAUCGUUUGCAUGCUCUCACUAUCAAAGAAGAUCGAGAUGUGACUCCUGAAGACUUUGUUGAAGAUCUCUCCAGUCUUUCGGGUCUCUCUUUUGAUUCUGAAGCAAACUGCGGCGGAGCAGGUCUCGGAAGGGACAAAAGAGUCAAAGCAGCACUGCUGGACAGAAACGAUCUUCUGAUUGUGGACACAGCGCUUCCUCCCCCUCCGAUGCGUCGUCGCGUGGUUGCUCAGGAGUACGGGAAACCUAUCUACUGCAGCAGUUCAAGGGCUGCUUUGCUUGCUGGGCUGCAUACUGACAACAACAAUCCUUCAUGGCGAGCUUUCCUGAUCGACCUUGACCUGGCCAUCAAGAAGCGACGGGAUGAGUCCUUGGGCGCGCAGGGCAAGACUGGCACCAGGGCAUUCAUGGCUAUUGGUGUCUUGUAUGGUGGAAAACAUUCCUUCAUGCAUGAUAUGGAGUCUUUUUUCUCGGUGCUCUUCUGGAUAUGCAUUCACUAUUAUGGGCCAAAUAAAGGGAAAGAGGCGGAGCACUUGGAGAAAUGGAACUAUAUGGAAACUGAAGAGCUUGCACAAGCUAAAAAGGGAUUGUUGAUGAUGAGAAAGGCUGUGGCCACACCAAUCGCAAACUUCUCAGACAACGCCCAAGAUCUUUGGCCACCAGAUCUUCCCCUUGAUGCGCCGUUGAUUCCGAAGAACCGUGUCGAUUCACCAGAGAAGAGAACCCCUCGGUUUCAUCUAAUUUAG